GCAUUCAGUCCUUCGCGACUGGAUUGGAUCUUCAACCAUGCUGGAUCUACGCACCGCAGACGUGAAAACCUUGCGCACUCUCCUCGAAAGCCAGCGAAUCUCGAGCGUGGACCUUGUCGAGCUAUAUCUUUCUCAGAUACACAAACAUAAUAGGUAUCUUCGCGCUGUGCUCUUCACUGCCCCCGAGGGAGACCUUCUAGAGCGAGCGAAGGUCCUGGACGAGGAGCGCGCGCAGGGAAAAGUCCGUGGACCGCUACAUGGGAUCCCGAUUCUUGUGAAGGACAAUAUUGCCACCCAUCCUUCGCUUGGAAUGCCCACGUCCGCUGGGAACACAGCUCUUCUGGAGUCCCGAACGACCAAGAAUGCCCGCCUUGUGGAUGAUCUCCUUGCUGCUGGAAUGCUCAUCGUUGGAAAGACAAACCUUAGCGAACUCAGCAGCAUGAAAAGCAUGAACAUGCCGAGCGGAUGGUCUGCCGUCGGCGGCCAGACGCAAUCCGCUUAUGUGCGAGGUGGUUUUCGUAAAGAUGACAGCAGAGACGGUCACAGUAGCCCCUCCGGAUCAUCAUCCGGCUCCGCUGUCAGCGUUUCAGCCGGCUUCGCGCCCCUUGCCAUUGGAACCGAAACGGAUGGAUCAAUCAUGUUCCCAUCUGGCAGGGCAGCGCUCUACUCAAUGAAGCCUACGCACGGUCUCGUCUCUCUCGACGGCAUCGUACCAGUCUGUCACGUCUUCGAUUCUGCAGGUCCUAUGGCGAAGUCUCCGUACGAUCUUGCGCUCCUGCUGGAUGUGCUUGUCGGCGGCAAGGAUGGCGGAACGAGCUAUACGGAAGAUAUCUCGAAUUCUUGGACUAACAUCUCCGUGGCCACUUUGGAUCCGGAGAAGUGGGUGCUUCCGCCCUCGAUGCUGAAGCCGAUAGAAGUGGCUACCGUUCAGAUUAACAAAGAGAUCAAAGCAGCGUACGAGAAGCUUGGAUCGCUCGCCAAAUCUGUGAGGCAGAAUGUGGUUCUUCCCAUGCCCGAUCGCUUCGUGUUAAACGGAAAGAUGAGCGAGGCGAUGGUACAGCUUGCCGACUUUCCGGUCGAUUUGAAACGCUACCUCGAUGGCCUUGACACGUCUCCGGUUAGGACACUAGAUGAGUUGAUCCAAUGGAACGACGAUCAUGCCGAUGAAGAGCUUCCGCCAUAUGCUCCCAGCCAAGACUCCCUCCAUCGAGCCAAAAACCUGCACCUCACCAAGCAAGAAUAUGACGAGCACCUCCAGCACUGCCGCCUAACAGCGCGCGAUCACGGCGUCGAAAAAGCCUUCAAAGAGUACGGGGUUGAUAUCAUCUUGGGCCCUAACGACAGCCCUCUCCCUCUGCUCGCAACCUGUGGAGGAUAUCCCGUAGCGUCCCUGCCGCUCGGAUAUCUCGACUACAACGGACGGCCCUUUGGUCUGAUCGCUCUCGCGCCUCGACACGGCGAGGCUCGCUUGAUUAAGGUUGCUAGUGCGUGGGAGGCUACAUUUGGACCUCGUCGACCUCCCGUUCUCGAGAUGACGGUGACAAGUCGGCAAACAUAAGGGAACGGCAACGGUUCUUCUUUUAGUAGCUAGGACUCUGGGGCUUGAGGUUCGAGAGCUCGAAGCAGCUUCGAUUCGAGGAUGCGGGAAGAUUUCUUGGUGCUUCGACUACGUCUUCUACUUCUACUUAAGACUUAGUUAGAGUUUAUAAGCGCGUAAAGCGGUUAG